CAGAAUAAAAUCUCAUGAUUUCAGCGGCGCACGUUAGAUACACCCCUCCCACGAAUUUCAAAAUUUUCUCCAAUCGGCUAAAUCGCAAAUUCUGCUUUUCUAUACAACCCGACCCCACCAAAAAACAACAAGAAAUUCAAAAGUACACCCCAAAUUUUAGAAUCAAACUCUCCCAUGUGAUCCAACAACCGGGCCCUUCUCCUAAUUUGACAAAUCUAAAAGGACUUCAGGUUUGAAAAUUCACAUAAUUAUACAUUUCAAACCAAAUAACCAAUUCGAAAGUUGAAGCAAUUUGAUUUGAAGAGUGAAAAGUGGAAUGACGAUGGACCGAGAGAAGGAGAGAGAAGUAGAGUUGGAGAGUGCAAUGUACACCAAUUGUUUGUUACUAGGUUUGGAUCCAUCCAUCAUCGGAAUCGGAGCCGGUAACGGCACACCUCGGGUCGGAUUUUUUCGUCAUUCGAACCCUAAAUUGGGCGAACAGCUUCUCUACUUCUUAUUAUCGUCUCUCAGAGGCCCUACUCAAUCUGCUAAGGACUUCGAUAAGGUUUGGCCAAUUUUUGACUCCGCACAAUCUCGUGAUUUUCGUAAGGUUGUACAAGGGAUUAUAAGUGAGCUGGAAUCACAAGGGGCACUACCUAGAAGUAAUUCAAGGGUCUCGUCGCUUGCCACAUGCUGUGGACCGAGGUUUGUUGAACUUCUAUGGCAACUUUCACUGCAUGCUUUGCGGGAGGUUCAUAGGCGAACAUUUGCUACGGAUGUUGCUUCUAAUCCAUUGCCUGCCUCAUUAACAGAUGUAGCUUUCUCGCAUGCUGCCACGCUACUCCCUGUGACCAAGGCUAGGGUUGCUCUUGAAAGAAGAAGGUUUUUGAGUAAUGCAGAAACAGCAGUUCGUAGACAGGGCAUGUGGUCUAAUUUGGCUCAUGAAUUGACAGCUGAGUUUCGAGGCCUUUGUGCUGAAGAGGCUUACUUGCAGCAAGAACUGGAAAAGCUGCAGGAGUUGAGAAACAAAGUAAAGCUGGAAGGUGAACUGUGGGAUGAACUUGUAUCAAGCUCAAGUCAGAACUCGCAUAUGGUUCAAAGAGCUACCCGUUUGUGGGACUCUUUGCUGUCUCGCAAGAAUCAACAUGAGAUUCUUGCCUCUGGUCCAAUAGAGGAUCUUAUCGCUCAUCGUGAGCAUAGGUAUCGCAUAUCUGGUUCGGCUUUGCUUGCAGCUAUGGAUCAAAGCUCUGUAGCUCCACCUCACGAUUUAGCUUCUUCACAUCAUGAUAAUAAAGACCAAGCUGAAAGAUCACAAGCAGAUAUGAAUAGAGAAAAGCAUGUAACGAGUUCAGAUUCUUCUCAUAUACAAGGAGAUGAUGACAGAUUUUCUCGAGUUGAUGAGAGAAUUGCAAGGGGCCAUCCUACUGUUGAUAUAGCAGAAGUUUUGAGGCGUUGGACACAUGCCCUACAACGUGUACAUAAGCAGUCCCUUCAAUUGGCAAAAACAAAUGAUGGAGAGGGUCCAGAGCUUUUGAGGAGUUCACAUGAUGGUGGUGCAGGUGGUCAUACGGAGUCCUUAGCUGCAACCCUUGCUGAACAUCGGCAGCACCUAGCAAGUAUACAGGUGCUCAUAAAUCAACUGAAGGAAGUUGCUCCAUCCAUACAGAAUUCAAUUUUAGAACUUACAGAAGAAGUGAAUAAUAUUUCAUCCAAUUCUUCUAGCAUGGCCAUGCAUCAGGGUAGAUCGCAUUCACCGGUCCAAGCGCAGAGCAGUGGGAGGGCGCCGGAAAACACCACUGAUGAGGUAGCUGAGAUGAGCUCAAGAUUGUCAUCCAUGCAAUUUGAAAAGACAUCAGCCAGUCCCCCUGCUUUAAAGCUCCCACCGUUGUUUAGUGUAACGCCAAAUUCUUCUGGAAAAGGUGGUGCACAGAAGCGACAGCUCUCAGCUCAAACCAGCCAAACUGAAAAUAUGCCUGAAAGAAAGUCUCUGGAUCAGCAAUUUUUAAAUAAUUCGUUGAAUUAUUCUCCACAAGAUAACGACAUAAGCUUUGUACAAAAUCUGAAGAGAUCUGUCAGAGAAGCUGCACUUUGCUCCCAAUCUUACCAUCAGGAAUCAUCUCUUGACAGCCAUUCUGAUGAUAGUUCUGAGCACUACUUUGAGCCCGUUUCAGGGUUUGGGUUUGCCCAACAUGGCAAUCGAGCAAACUUGUUGAGAAGUAAAAAGUUGUUUGUGUCAGAACCAGACUCAUCCUUUCUAGGGACUCGUGCUCCAGAAAAUCAUAUGAGCAUCAAGUCUGAAGGAAUACAUGACUUGUUAAAUGAUCUGCAGUCUGUGGAUGACUAUGACGGUUUUCUUUCAACUGUGGGUUCAACUUCUUCAUUUUCUGAUGCACAUAGGUCAUUUUAUGAUAUGGAGGAAGCUCAGGAUCAAGUAUUCUCACCUCCUCUGCUUAUGGAUGCAUCAUUGUUGGCAGAUUCUUAUGAGGAUUUACUUGCACCAUUGUCAGAAACUGAAACUGCUUUGAUGGAUCAUUGAGAUCAAAUAUUGGGUAAUGUUGCUGCUCGUCCUUGAAGAGAUUGCUUAGAAGCUUGUACGGUCGAUCUUUUCGUGGUCGGAAUACCCUCCUCUCACUAAUUUCCAUAUGGCAGUGUGAUUUCUUGUAUUGUUCAUGGUUUAAAUGUUUCAACUUUUAUCUCUUGCAUUUCAUUUUACUUGGGGGAGCAGAGGUAACUGAACAUCAGAACAUUGCUCAGUCAGCAUGACCACUGCCGAGCCAAGAUUUUUGAAGCUUUGACCCCCCAGGUACUGUCAGCUUGGCCUUGUAAGCAUAAUGCUCUGCUGCAGGAGAUCGCAGGACUGCUUCAGACAUUAGUGUGCUGUAUACUGAAGGGAAAAGAAAUGUUAUCUUGCUCCUGAUUGAUUCUUUUUGUUUACUCUGUAUCAAUUGAAUAGACACAUUUUCUGUUGAAGAAGUAAUAUUUGUGAUC